AUGGCAACCACCAUCACCUCCGCCAUCAAAUUGCCCAGUGGCUUUGAGAUUCCUCGCUUAGGCUUCGGAGUCUAUAAAACUCCCCCAGCUGACACAGAGAGAUGCUGUCUCGAAGCACUCAAGGCUGGCUAUCGCCAUAUCGACUCUGCAGCAAUCUACAGAAACGAAUCAGGCUGCGGUGAUGCGAUUCGAGGCUCCAAAAUCCCCCGCGAACAGAUAUUCUUCACAUCCAAGGUCAUAAACAUCAGCUAUGACGGGGCCAAGGCGCAAAUCGACGAGUCCCUCGCCCUAUCCAAGCUCGACUACAUCGACCUAAUGCUCCUCCAUCAGCCCCGAGGCGGAUCCGAGAACCGCAAAGGCGCAUGGCUAGCACUAGUCGAAGCCGUCGAAGCCGGUAAAAUCCGCUCCAUCGGCGUCAGCAAUUACGGAGUUCACCACCUGAAUGAGCUUGAGGCAUACAUUUCCAAGCUCGAGACCGAACGAGGCGGUAAAGGCCGCGGCGGAAUCCUAAGUAUCAACCAAGUCGAGCUUCAUCCCUGGCUAGGCCGAAAAGAUAUCGCAGACUGGUGCACGGCGCGAGGGGUCUUCCUCGAGGCGUAUUGUCCGAUUGUGCGCGGUGCGCGAUUCGACGAACCGAGUGUCCAGAAGCUCGCGGAUAAAUACGGCAAAACGCCGGCUCAGGUGCUUAUUCGCUGGAGUUUGGAUAAGGGGUUCAUUCCGCUUCCUAAGAGUGUGACGUCGGAUCGCAUUGUUGCCAAUGCGGAUGUGUUUGAUUUUAGUCUAACGGGGGAGGAAGUACGGGCGCUUGAGACGGAUGAGUAUAGCCCCGUUGCGUGGGAUCCGACUGUUACCAGGUUGGACGAGUAG